AUGCUUCUAUCUGCAGUCAGUUGCCAUCUUCUUUUACAAGCGGCUGGUUACUCCCUCCUGAAAGUAAUAGCCUUGCCAAGCCCUGUGCCAACAGCGGGAAACAGUCUGUCGCCUGAUAGUCAUGUACUGGAGCUACUCCAACCAUUCUCACACAAUGGAUAUUGGGAUAUUCCAAACGAUGGAAACCGUCAAAAACUUCCGUCGGUCCCUGAUUGCGGGCCACCUGUGUUCGACUGCCAGCAAGCAUCGCAGUCGUUUGGUGCUAUCACUCCAGCGGCGGAUAUGACCGAUUUAAUCAUUCCUCAAGAAGCUGAAUUGGUUUCAAGACCAGCAAAGAGGCAGCGGCAGGCUCCUCGGCAUGAAGGUGAAAGCUGGAGGGCAACCGUUCGUCCCACAGCCGAGUCAGUCCAAUCCACUCAUUCUUUGGAGAUUCCCCAGGGCUUACAAGAGCAAGUCUUUCAAAGAAUGCCAACACUCUGGGCUUGUACGGAUCAUUCACUCCGCAUUCGUCACCUUGGGCACCAUGGGACUGGAUUGAGCACCUUGGAAACUCUUAUGAGAAUGGAUGGCCAAAUGGACUACCAUCAGCAUCAAACCACGCCGCCUCGAGCAACUCCGUCUAUCCCCAAGAUCACAAGCUAG